AUGUCAGUCAUGUUACAAACACCUUCUAGGGCAUCGACGGCCUCGUCAUCCUCUUUCCAACCGAUUUCGCGUCAGAAUACCAUGUCUUCCUACGAGGGCUCGCGCUCGGCGCGACAGUCUAAGCGAAUGUCUAUGUCAGCCCUGUACCUAUCGAUGUCAGCAAACGAAUCCGAUCUGGAAAUCGAAGAUGACCUCGCCAAAGCUCAGAAAAUACUGCGGGAGCUGAAAUCCAAAAUUUCUUCACAAUCAAAAAAGAAUUUUGUUCUUGAGAAAGACGUUCGAUAUCUCGAUUCUCGAAUUGCUUUGCUCAUCCAAAACCGAAUGGCGCUGGAAGAGCAAAAUGAAGUAGCCAGCCAUCUUGAAGACGCUACCGAUUUACAAGAGGGCGCAUUUCCUAACGACGACAAAACGCAAAAGUACGGUAAUCUUAUGUUCUUGCUACAGUCUGAACCUAGGCAUAUCGCGCAUCUCUGCCGAUUGGUGUCUAUGUCGGAGAUCGACUCGCUCCUGCAGACAGUCAUGUUUACUAUAUAUGGAAACCAAUAUGAGAGCCGAGAAGAACAUCUCUUAUUGACCAUGUUCCAAUCUGUCUUAACCUAUCAAUUCGAUACGACCCCUGAAUAUUCAUCACUCCUCCGAGCGAACACUCCGGUUUCUCGUAUGAUGACUACCUACACUAGGCGUGGGCCAGGGCAGAGUUUCUUGCGAUCCGUAUUGGCGGACAGAAUCAACAGCCUAAUCGAGUUAACAGAUUUAGAUUUGGAAAUCAACCCGCUAAAAGUCUAUGAACGCAUGUGCCAGCAGAUCGAAGAGGAUACCGGCAGCCUCCCACCAUCACUUCCUAGGGGUAUCACUGGCGAACAAGCGGCCGAAAAUCCUCAAGUGCAGAAAAUCAUCGAACCACGUUUGACGAUGCUGACUGAAAUUGCCAACGGUUUCCUACAGACAAUCAUCGACGGGCUCGAGGAGGCUCCGUAUGGAAUUCGAUGGAUAUGUAAACAGAUUCGGAGUCUCACCAAACGAAAAUAUCCCGACGCGAACGAUCAGGUCAUCUGCACCUUGAUCGGUGGUUUUUUCUUCUUGCGUUUCAUCAAUCCUGCGAUUGUUACGCCAAAAUCGUACAUGCUCAUCGACGGGGUGCCAUCUGAUCGACCACGGCGAACUCUGACAUUGGUCGCUAAGAUGCUACAGAACCUGGCUAAUAAGCCAUCGUAUGCAAAGGAACCGUACAUGGCGAAAUUGCAGCCAUUCAUCCAACAGAACAAGGAUCGCGUCAACAAGUUCAUGUUGGAUCUCUGUGAAGUCCAAGAUUUUUAUGAGAGUCUAGAGAUGGAUAACUAUGUGGCACUGUCGAAGAAGGACCUAGAGCUUUCUAUCACACUGAACGAAAUUUACGCCAUGCACUCCUUGAUCGAGAAGCAUAGUGGGGAACUCUGUAAGGACGAAAACUCACACUUAUCUCAAAUCAUAUCGGAAUUAGGCCACGCGCCCGCACAGGUACCUCGGAAGGAGAAUAGGGCCAUAAACCUUCCUCUGUUCAGCCGAUGGGAGACGGCCAUUGACGAUCUGACAGCCGCUCUGGAUAUUACUCAGGAGGAAGUCUACUUCAUGGAAGCCAAGUCCAUCUUCGUACAAGUUAUGCGUUCUAUUCCCGCAACCAGUUCGGUUGCUCGACGGCCCUUGCGUCUGGAGAGGAUUGCGGAUGCGGCAGCUACGUCAAGAAAUGACGCAGUGAUGGUCCGGAAAGGUAUCCGUGCCAUGGAACUACUUAGCCAACUCCAGGAGAUGAAGGUGAUCGAUAAAUCCGACCAGUUUAGCUUAUUGAGAGACGAGGUCGAGCAGGAGUUACAGCACCUAGGCUCCUUGAAAGACGGUGUUAUUGCCGAAACAGCUAAGCUCGAAGAAGUAUACAAGACCAUUAGAGAUCACAACUCGUACCUUGUGGGCCAACUCGAGACAUAUAAGAGUUACCUUCAUAAUGUACGAAGUCAAUCCGAAGGCACGAGACGAAAGCAGCAAAAGCAACAAGUUCUUGGCCCGUACAAAUUUACCCACCAGCAACUAGAAAAAGAAGGUGUCAUACAGAAGAGCAAUGUCCCCGACAAUAGGAGAGCUAACAUCUAUUUCAAUUUCACGAGUCCUUUACCGGGAACUUUUGUCAUUUCCCUGCAUUACAAAGGGCGCAACCGUGGUCUGUUAGAACUCGACUUGAAGCUCGACGACCUUCUGGAAAUGCAGAAGGAUAAUCAAGACGACUUGGAUCUGGAAUACGUGCAGUUCAACGUCACAAAGGUACUGGCCUUGCUAAACAAGCGCUUUGCCAGGAAGAAAGGCUGGUGA